AUGUCGGACUUGAUCAAGAUACUGUCUUCCAAGUUUGAACAAACCGACGCUCGCCAACGUGCGUUCAGGAUACUUCAUCUCAAGGAUCUUGAGGGGCUGAUCAAGGCAGCCGAGACUACGGUCCAAGCUAGGCGGCGCGACCUGAAUGCCCGCGUCGCGAUCAACCGUCUUCCUGCCGAAGUGCUCCGGGAGAUAUUUGUGACGACUUGCACCGUCAAGCUAGCUGAAUACAGAUCUAAACACUAUCAAUGCAACGACAUAACGACCGUAUGGAACCCAACUUGGAUUGAAAAGGGCAGAGCAGUCAGUCUCAUGCUUGUCUGCUAUCGUUGGAAAGAGAUCGCCUCGGGGAUGCGGGAGCUCUGGAAUGGCAUUGAGACAUAUUGGGAACAUAAAGAUCGUAUCUUGCUGGAGAGGUCCGGCCGAGGCCCGCUCAAGGUGCUGGCUUGUGACGAACUCGAACCCUCUUAUGCUGUUGCGCAUGCUCUCUCAAAUGUGGAGUAUUCGUCCCGAAUCCAAGGGUUGUACUGGAUAUGGCCCUUAGCACGUCGCAACAGAGAAUACCUUGGAAUGCCAGCGCCCUCGCUGAGGUCUCUUGUGUUGCAAGAUGACCAAAGUCGUAUGCCAGAUGGGACACUUCAACUCUUCGACAACCACACCCCGUGUCUGGAGCGCCUGUCACUGUCACAUUUGGGUUGGCUUCCCAGCAAUGCGUUCGCCAAACUGACGUUCUUGGCUCUCGACCAUUGCAAUAUACCGAAAGCUCCCAUCAAGUUACACAAUUUGCUUGUUGGAACACCAAAUCUAGUCGAUCUCAUCCUGCGAAAUGUAAUCGACAGUAGCUUCCCGCGAGUGCGAUUGGAAAUUGAGGCUGCGGACAUGAAGACUGUGUCGCUCAUCCGGUUGCGCCGGUUGCUCAUCGAGUCUAUGUGGGCCGAUGACAUCGAUAAUGUCUUCCGGGACGCUCGGCUAAACGAAGACAUGUCCGUCUCGAUCAAAGCUAUGUGGACGCACAACGAUGACCAUCGAAUUUUGGAAUUGGUAUCCACUUGGUCAUUGAAUGUCUUGAAGCAACCCAAGGAACUGCAUUUCCAGCCGCACGUUGCCAUCGUCACUGGAGCCUCUUCUGGUCUUCGUUUCGAGGUCGAUCAUUGCAUGAUCCUCGAGGAUUGGACUGCAUUCAACUGGGCAUGGACCCUUCCCCUUUCCAGCAUCUCGCACUUGUGCACGUUUGAGUGGGACGCAUGCCAGGGGCCCGAUCUUGAACGUGUCCAUGACCUUCUCAGGCAGACGACCGCGCUUGAAACACUAUCCGUCCACAUUGAGGGCCUGACGAAGAUCGUCGACGCACUUACACUCUUCCGAGACCCGACCGACCCGCCUCUCUGUCCCACACUGACUACGCUGCGUGUUGCCAUCCGGAAAGAUAGUGACUGCGACAUCAUCCUGGACUCGGUCCUCCUGCAUCGUGCGCAGCUUGGCGUCAAACACCUGUACGUCGGUCUGGUCAAUCCUGAGAAUGGGCACUGGACACCUCGUCAAACUGUGAAGGACCAGCUGCAAGACAAUUUCGAGUCGGUGAAUUUUGAGACGCUGUUGUACGACAAGGCAUACGGCAUCACUUUGCCGCUGGUUUGCGAUGAGGAGGCACAUGCUUUUUGGCCGCCCUGGCUUUAG